AUGAAACUCUAAUUAAAUUCUCCCCGCUUCGUCAAGCAGCCCCAUCGUCUUCGUCCAUGGUCGCCGACUCACCGGAUCAACAGCCACGCCGCGAAACCGCCGGGUUAUCCCUGGCUCCCGUGUCAUCCGGCCGAGCUUGUACUACGGCGCAACUAAAUCACAAGAUAAUGCAAUGAAUUGAGGCGAUUGGAAGAAAAAAGUUUAGGGAAGGGGUCUGAGGGACACUGUACUGGGUGCUGUAGACGUCCGAGGUGUCGAGGAAGAUAACCCUGUCGUUGGUGGUGUGACGGAUGAGAGUAAUAAAGUCGGUCUCAGGUUUUGAAGGGCCGUCAAACCAAACACGCCCUAGGCGCCGCGGCGAAAGUGAGACGGAAGAGGUGCGAGGGAUCAGUGACGGUGAGAGCACUGUGUUUCCAUGUCCAUCCCUGCAGACAUCACUGCUUUUAUAAUAUAAUAUAGUUUGGUGGAUUUUCAAACCUUUCUUGGGUCAGUUGCAUUUCCAGUGCAACUAAGAAAAAAAAUUUAUGUUCUCUUCUUAAAAUUUCAAACGCUUGAAGUGCAUUCACCUUCAGGCUGACGCGGCUUCAAAUCAAGCUCGAAUGGGUGUUUCGUCUUGGGAUGGGACCCUCUCGUCACGUGAUUUCCAUAUUUUUGCUUCUGCAUUUGCUGAGAAAUGGCAACGGAUGAAUCCUACUCUCCCUUCGUGGGCUUGGGUCACCCUUCCAAAACUACCUUGGACUGCUAAAUAUGAAGUCGAGGGAUAUUUGUCGUUAGAGAAAUUGUGCUUUCUCAGAUAUAGUGAGGACAAUCAUAAUGAAGUGAGUCACAAAGAAAACGAAGGGCCUCUUUGCUCUAAUGAGGAGCCACUUGAUAAUGCAGUUUUGGUAUGUAUAUAUUGGCAGGUACAAAGCUAUCAUCAUGAAGUACAUUACUGUGAUUUGCAUAUAGUAUACAGUGUGUCGUACAAGGUUCCUGUGCUAUAUUUCCGUGCAUACAGCAGUGAUGGGCAGUAUUUGGUUUUGGAUGACAUUGAAAAACAUUUACCUGCCAGCUCAGAAAAGGUAGUAAAGGAGUCAAAAUGGACAUUCAUAACUCAGGAGGAGCAUCCGUACUUGAAGAGGCCGUGGUACACAUUGCAUCCAUGUGGGACCAGUGAAUGGAUGAAGCUGCUUUUUCUUGGUGAUGCAGCAGCUCAUGCUGCAAUUGAUGAGCUAUAUCUAGUGUCGUGGCUCUCUGUCGUUGGCCAAGUGGUUGGUCUUAAGAUCCCCUUUGAGAUGCUCAAACUGAAUUCAAGCUAGCUAGCAGCUGUGGCUAAUUUAUUGGUCACGCAUCGACUUCGUUCAUCAAGUUUUCUACGUAAUGUCCCAAGCCUCCCUUUGUAAAAAUUUUACUGGUAUAUCAUGCUUUCUUCGCAGUUCUUUAACGAAGAUAAAAGUCGUUGGAAAUUCUGAACCGUGCUUUCUAAGUACAAUGCUGGAUAUGAAAUUACUGAAAUAAUAUUGUAUUUUCAAUAGUUAUCUGUGGCUAAUUUUAUUACAUUCAUGUAAGAAUAAUAGAUAAGGACAAUGCUGUAGUACUGAAAAUUGCUUCAAGGCACGUUAUAAUGUCGUUUUUCUUAAAAUAUUAUUUAUUCCCAUCA